AUGUCGAACGUAUUAGAAGAUAAACUAGUCACUCAAAUGGUUAUACCAGUAUGUGAGGAAACUUAUUUUAAUACAAAAUGGAACUCCAAUAGGGAGCAGCUAUGCCAGUACGACAUGCUAUAUCACCCACCAGAUUACAACCCUAAAGCUUCAAGAUCUGAUCGCCAAGAACCAAAGAUAAUAAAGAGGAAUAUAUGGGAACAGGAAUUACAUAAAGGAAUCGCUUCAACGACUCACUUUCAAUUAAGUCGACCAAAAUGGAAGCCAUACGAUUUACCAACAAAAGAAUUUGUUAGAGUGCAAGUAAAAAACGAAAAUCCCCAUAUGCGUAUCUACAGCGUUCUGGAAUGGGCUGUGCUUCUUAACGAAGGAAAACCAAGUUUAUGCAAUGACUAA